AUGUCAUGGGAUGAGACGCUCAAGUUCACGCGGGCCGAUGAGUCCGAGGUGUUCGAGACAUUCGAGGCACUUGUCAAUGGAGAUCUCGCGGUUGAUGAUGCAGUACAAUGGGUCAUAAGCACGACAAUGGACAGGCUGGAAAACUAUGGCCCAGGAGGAACUAUCGAGAAGGCCGAUGCAAUAACUUUCAUAGCUAUUCUUGAGUUGGCUAUGCAAAUCGAGACAACUCAGUAUGGUCCAUUGGUUGAGUUCCUCGGAGCAUUGAAACAGUACAAUGCCGUCGAUUCGUCGACUGGGUUAGUCCUAAAAACACAAGAUGGAAGCAGAGUAUGGUCACAUCUACCGUCUCUGCCUUUCUGGGCUCGCGAAAUAUGGGAUGACCGGGUGACACACAUCUGUGACCCGGAUAUGGAGCCCGAGCAGCAAAUCAGAUGGGCAAAACUCAACGUCUUUCUCGCGCAAGUGACGCAAGCUGCUGAUGUUGAAUACACUUCCCCAUUGCAAGUAUGGAUCAGCGAUGCUAUGGAUCUAUCUCACAUGGGACUCCGUGGACUUCGCCAUGUGUUCGAAGAGGGCAUUCCUUCCGAAAAAUCUGCCUCGACAGCUGGUCUGCUUGGUGUGUGCUACUGGCUAAUUUGUGCCGGUGAUAGACUGUGGGAAAAUGUACUGAACGGCCGCAAAUACAACAAGUAUGAUGGUCGACCGGGAGAAAUAUAUUCAAAUCGCGGUUGGAAGGGCUUUGAACGCGAAAGAUGGGAUAUAUGGGUGCAGGGCCUUCGUGACGCGAAGGCUGCCUGCACAUCUGACCGGGAACUCGUGGAGGACUUGAUAGACCGUGCUCUAUCCAAAAUAACGCGUGUAAUGAAUAAUGAAAUACCAUCCACCUAA